AUGAUGAACGCGACCACGCAAAGUAGAAGUAGCUGCCCGAUCUGGGAGUCGAGGACGGAGUCUGGCUCCAGACCAUAAAAUCCCGAGGGCGGAACCGUUCGGGAACUUCUCGAGCGCCCUUGGGCUGGCGCCACCAACAUUGAGCAGCAGCUUGGGGCGGCGACUGCAGAUCGGCUCCAAAUCGCAGCAGUCCAGGUUGCAGCUCCAUUGCAACCACAGGCAUCAAUAGCACCACCGACGACGAAAAGGCAGGAGAAGACCAAGGAGAUCCAAGCAUGUUAAUCGAGUCAUAUCGAUUUUGGCGUGACGAGUCCGGCCGAAUAACUGUGAGACAUAAUGAAUGAGUGUUGGCCAAAUUGCAACUUGGCUUGCCAGCCGGCCAGUUAAGGGUUAAUGGAUGGCCACCAAGGGGAGUUUGGAGGGUCCAGGCGGUGGUGCUCUGCUUCUUCCAGUUUACGGCCCAGUCACUAAUAUCUCAAUUGGCCAGCGGAGGGUUCGCUUAACUGCCCCAUUGGGCCACCCACCUGGGGCAUCUGCACCUGUCCACGUCGUUUCCGACUUUCCUGAUCCUCCUUGUCCUGUUCCCGAUACC